AGCCAUCCGCCUUUAGUUCCUUGGCGUCUGAGAGGAGAAACAUGUAUCGAUUCCGUUCACGGGCAUCCACGGGGAUUUCUGCCGCUGCUACAGCUUUGCCUAUCGCCUGCUUUCCUCAAUCGCAUCCGCUGCCUCGGUCCGGGAAGCCGGCCUCACAGAGACGUUUCUAUAAUAAAAAGCGCUCCUGCUCUUCCACCGGCUGAUUGUCAGCGCCGCCCGGGCGAGGGGGAAAAACAAAAGCCAGGCCGGAGAGAACCCCAGCGAGGGAGCACCAGGGAGGAGCCGCGCGCCUAGCUGUCGCCGCUACAAGGCCGCCGCCAUGCCCAAGUCCAAGCGGCGAGGAGGGGGUAACCCGCGCGGAACGUCAGGUGCCCAGCACAGAAAUGUGCAGUCUUUUAGUGAUGAAGAUGCAUCAAUUGAAACUAUGAGCCACUGCAGUGGCUUCAGUGAUCCUUCCAGCAUCACUGAGGAUGGGCCUGAAGUUGAUGAGGAAGCAACACAAGAAGACUUGGAGUACAAGCUGAAGGGAUUAAUUGACCUUACGUUGGACAAGAGUGCGAAGACAAGGCAGUCGGCUCUUGAAGGUCUUAAAAAUGCCCUCUCUUCAAAAAUACUGUACGAGUUCAUCCUGGAAAGGAGAAUGACGCUAACAGAUAGCAUUGAACGCUGUAUAAAGAAAGGCAAGAGCGAUGAGCAGCGUGCAGCAGCAGGAUUGGCUUGUCUGCUUUGUGUGCAGCUGGGGUCAGGAAUUGAAAGUGAGGAAUUAUAUAAGACCCUUGCGCCGGUUCUGAAGAAGAUUCUCUGUGAUGCGUCAGCAAGUGUACAAGCAAGGCAAGCUUGUGCCACCUGCUUAGGAGUCUGUUGCUUUAUUGCCACUGAUGAUAUCACAGAAUUGUAUACAACCAUGGAAUGCCUGGAAAAUAUCUUCACGAAAUCCUAUCAGAAGGAGAGGAAUCCAAAUAGCAUUUCCAGUACCCAGAAUACAGUUCUUCACAUCAGCGCUCUCUUGGCAUGGACGCUUCUGUUAACCAUCUGCCCAAUGAAUGAAGUGAAGAAGAAACUUGAAAUGCAUUUGCAUAAAUUUCCCAUCCUAUUAUCCUGUGACGAUGUCAACAUGAGGAUUGCUGCUGGAGAAACCUUGGCUCUUCUGUUUGAACUAGCAAGAGAAACAGAUGGGGAUUUCUUUUAUGAAGAUAUGGAGCUUCUAACACAGAAACUGAAGGCUCUAGCUACAGAUGGGAACAAGCACCGUGCUAAAGUGGACAAAAGGAAACAGCGGUCUGUCUUCAGAGAUGUCUUGCGAGCAGUAGAGGAGCAUGACUUCCCUACAGAGACAGUCAAAUUUGGACCUGAGCGCAUGUACAUUGACUGCUGGGUUAAAAAACAAACAUACGAUACUUUCAAGGAAAUCUUAGGAUCGGGGAUGCAAUACCAUUUGCAGUCCAAUGAGCUUCUCCGGAAUGUCUUUGAACUUGGGCCGCCACUGAUGCUUGAUGAGGCAACUCUUAAAUCCAUGAAGAUACCCCGUUUUGAAAGGCAUUUGUACAACUCUGCAGCAUUCAAAGCCCGGACGAAGGCUCGAAACAAGUGCCGUGAUAAAAGGGCCGAUGUGGGCGAAGUGUUCUAGAGCAAGCUCUUCUGAAGACCUUCGACUUUGUUCGGUUAAACUGAAUUCCUGUUUAGUGUGAUUAAUUGUGGUGUUCAAAGUGAAAUGAGACUUUUAAAAACUGUAUGUACCUCUUAGAUAUCUUCUUGCCCAUCUGUAGAACAAGGUUGCAUAUUAGCUCCCUAGAUGGAUCUGUAGCGUAGAUUAGAAUGUAAUCUGAUGAGGGAGAGAGAGGCGGCUUUUGUAGCACUUUAUUGGUGAGUAAGAUAGCUUGUGAAUCUGGCAUAAUUAUUAACAACACUUGGUUAAAUGGUGCUGAGGGUUGCUUUGUUUCAAGGCUCAUUGUUUUUAGCAAUCUAAUAAGAUUGGGGGGGAAAUUCUAAUAAGAAUAUCUGUAGGGUUAAGCAUGCCUCUAAACAAGCUAUUUUAUAGACCCGCGUUUUAAAAUGAAACAUCCUGGCUGUGGCAGUGACCUCGGUGUACUUGCCAUGGACCCCUCUAGCUUGGCACACAGCCUUUACAGUGAAGUAGCACAUGAAAUCUUUCAAGAAAUGUUGCGCCUCAUAUGCUGAAACUUGGAUAAUAAAAGCUAUUUAUAUCUGAAA